ACGUAUAGCGUCAUCGUGCAAUAUUUUCUUGAUUUCCCGCUUGUCUAUUGUCAUUGUUAAAAACACACAUCUCUGUUUUGCCAUGCAGGUUGGCCGAACUGGUUUACCCUCUGUUGCAAUGGACGACGAUACGGGCGCGGGACAUGUACUUAGCGACUUUCUGCUACAACUUGAAAACUACAACCCUUCAAUACCAGAUUCAGUUGUUGCACACUAUUUGAACAUGUCCGGCUUCGAAUCACAAGAUCCAAGGUUAAUAAGGCUCAUCGCAUUGGCCUCCCAGAAGUUCCUAUCAGAUAUUGCUAAUGAUGCACUACAGCAUUGCAAGAUGCGAACAUCCAGCCAGAUCAACCAGGCCAAAAACCAGAAGGGUCCUAAAGAGAAAAAGUAUGUUAUGACGAUGGAGGACCUAGCGCCGGCGCUCCAGGAGUACGGCAUCACUGCAAGGAAACCGCAUUACUUUGUCUGAGACGAAGAAAACGGGCAAAGGGAUAAUAAUAUUCAGCCUUAAAAUCAAUGUGUUGAAAAGAAAGAGACUGCUAACAAUUGGACAAUUUAAGAUGUGUUUAAUAUAUAAGCUGUUUUAUGUUGGCUGUAUGCAUGUUUUGUCGAUGCCACUGUAUCGUUCAAAUGGGGAUCGAAAAUAUGAUGAGCCGAGUUACGAACUUCUAGCGGUGCCUUUAGAUUAAAGUUGUAUUUAUAAGGCAGGAGUUGGCCUUCAGUUGCGCCAAAAGACCUUCUGCGGGAUCUUCUGGGUAGCUGUAAAGGCCAGCUGCGGCCAACAGCCUUAAAAAAGCUAUAUGCAUCAUCUAGACGGAAGUAUAUGAUCUUUUUAUGUUUUUAAUGAUAAUAUUGUUGAUACGUGGAUGGAUUGGAAUGGUGCGCUAACGGUUUAUGCUAGCCGGGCACCAGUGGAGGAUGAUAAAAUGAGCAUGAAGUCAGGUCAGAUAGCCCAUCUUGGCAAAUAGCAAUUUACCAUGAUGGUUUCCAUGUGGACCGCGUGGCGAUCAACUGACAUGGUACAUGAGGUUAUUAGUCCACAUUAUUAACAAUCCCCUUCCCCAAGGGGAGUUAUAUUGUAACUAAGCUAAGCCCGGGACUUUGUACCCUUAACUUUUAUACUGUAAACUGAUUGGUAUAAAUAAAAUUUUGUAUCUAGCUUACUGCAAUUAUAUUAGUGAAAACUGAAUUCAAAUGAGUUCAGAUGUUAUUUAGAUUAGCGCGGACAAAUAGACAAAAACUGUGAAAUUGUGUCGUACAUACGCGCUUUUCCAUACAAACAUGGAUUGAAAUACAUGUCGCAAUUAUUUAUACAUUUUGCGUAUUAAUUUUUGGGUCUAGUGUAAUAAUGAAUUUCAGUUUAAAGUUUUUGAAUUAUUAUAUAAGGUUUAGAGUAACAAAAAUAAUAUUACAGAUGAUAUGCUCGAAAUAUAGAUAAUAAAGGGUCUAUAAAUUAUCUAUAAACUAUAUAUUUUUUAAUCUCAUAAUAAUUAUAACACAAUAAGACUGGUUUAGUAUUCCUAUAGAAUAGUAAUUGCGUCGUUUAAUUCAAUUUAUGUCUGUGGUCCAAAGUUUUGUAGUCUGUGAGUUGUUUUUAAAUAUCGUUAAUAUUAAAUAGAAUAUUUAUGAAAUUCUAUGUUACUAUAAAGCAAUAAACAGUUGCACAUUUAUCUGUAGUUCUAAUUGAAUCGCAUUAGAAAGUGCGUAGCUUAUAAGUUAUCAUUUUCUUUUGAAUUACGUUAUUUUUUAUGACUAUUUACGGCAAUUUAGUGAACUGUUUAUGUUCUUUGAAAGAAUUGUUUCGAUUUCAGUUGGGCCGUAUGCUUAUUUGCCACAAUCGUAGUAUAAAAGUC